CGCCCAGGGUGCUGUGGGGUCGAGGCCAGGCUCUGCAGGCACUGGCACUGCCCUUCAUUGCUGCUCAAUUAGGCAGAACAGGAGCUGCUGAGGCACCAGCAUCACCCACUGCCCUCUGCUGCUGCCACUGCCAGGCGGAAGCUCCUGGCACUGUGCGCUUGCUCUUCCUGCAAAGCUUUUGGCUUUAAUUAUUAACCAGUGCCAGGCUGUGCCAGGCUGUGCCACGGCCACCUGGACACAUUCCUGUGCCCCCUAAGCGAGGGGAACCUGCUUUAACAGGGGCUGGGGCUGGGGGAGCUCUGCAGUGCCCUGCCAGCCCCCAACACUCAUGGAUUCUGUGAUCCCGGGGAUUCCCCUGGCAGUGGGAUGCCCCUGGCAGUGGGAUGCCCCUGGCAGUGGGAUGUCCAUGGCACUGGGAUGUCCCUGGCACUGGGAUGCCCCUGGCACUGGGAUGCCCCUGCCUACCCCAUGCCCUGGCUCAGGUGAGCUUGACACUCAUUUUUUCCAGCUGCAGCAUGGGACUGCACGGGGCUAUCCCUGCUGGCACGUGCCCCAGCCGAGGGCUGGCAGGGUGUGGGACACGGCACCACGGUGACAGCCGCGUCAGCCCCACGCGCCGGGCAGAGCCGUCAGCCGCUGCCUGUCGCCCACACAGGGCUGCUCUGCACCCACAGCCCUGCUCCUGGGCCAAGCUCUGUGCCCUUGUGCUCACACAGAGGGAGGGGGCACAGUCCCAUUCCUGCCCCCCCAGGGUGCCCGAUCCCCCUGAAAGCCAUCCCCCUCCUAACCCCUGUCCCCAUCCCUGCAGGGGUAGGGUCCUGCACAGCUGUGGUUUCACCUUCCUCUUCCUCACCUGUGCCCUACCUGGCAGGGGUGUUGGUCAGCUGAGGCUGCCUGGCCCCUCCCUGGGCUGGGCAUGGCUAUAAAACCCCAGGGCUGGGCAGAGGAGGAACAAGGAGCCAGGAGCUGUUGGCAGGCACAGCAGCAGCAAUGGCAACGCUCUACCCAUCCUUGGAGGACAUGAAGGGCCACCAGAUCCUGCAGGCACAGGCAGCAGCCGGGGUGAGGACCCCUCCCACCACCAUGGUCACUGAGAAGCCAAAACUCCCCACGGGCACCGAGCCGCCCGCGCUCUACCCCAACCUGGCCGAGCUGCAGAACUACAUGGGGCUGGCGCUGUCCAGCGAGGAGAUCCAGAAGAACCUGCUCCCAGAAGGCAGCACCGCCCUGACCCCCGCCGGGCCCUCCCCGGGCCGGCUGGUGGCCCCCCUGAGCGGGAACAACGCGGGGCUGCGGCGGGCAGAGAUCAGGCCGGGCGUGCGGGAGAUCCACCUGUGCAAGGACGAGCGCGGCAAGACGGGGCUGCAGCUCAAAAACGUCGACCAGGGCAUCUUCGUGCAGCUGGUGAAGGCCAACUCGCCGGCGGCGCUGGUGGGGCUGCGCUUCGGCGACCAGAUCCUGCAGCUGGACGGCAAGAACUGCGCGGGCUGGAGCAGCGACAAGGCGCAGCGGGCGCUCAGGAAGGCGUCCCCCGAGAAAAUCGUCAUGGUGGUGCGGGACAGACCCUUCCAGCGCACCGUCACCCUGCACAAGGACAGCACCGGCCACAUCGGCGUCGUGGUGAAGAAGGGCAAGAUCGUGUCGCUGGCCAAGGACAGCUCAGCCGCCCGCAACGGGCUCCUCACCCACCACUGCAUCUGCGAGGUCAACGGCCAGAACGUCAUCGGCAUGAAGGAUAAGCAGCUCACAGAGGUGCUGGCGGGGGCUGGGGACGUGGUCACGCUCACCAUCAUCCCCAGCGUCAUCUACGAGCACAUGGUCAAACGGCUCUCGUCGGGGCUGGUGAAGUCGAGCAUGGACCACUCCAUCCCUGACCUCUGAGGCCGGCACUGCUGAAGGGGACCUCCACAGCAUCCCCAAAAGAGGCUGGUUUAUGUUUAUGGUUUUGCUGGAUUUGAUGAUCUUCAAGGUCUUUUCCAACCAAAGUGAUUCUCUGAUCCCAAAACCCCUCAUCCCUGGAGGCUGGUGGCUGCUGGGUGGCGGUGGGACACACACCACCAGCCUCUGUUGUCUCCCAUGUCCGUCCCCCCCAGCCCUCUCCUCCCUCUCCUCAGCAGGGCUGGGGUACAUCCUGGGGUCCCCACACCCCACCCUGUCCCUGCUGGGGCUGUCCCCGCUCGGGGCAGACACCACAGGCUGCCUCCAGCCAAAGCAGACACAGACCCAGCGCCGUUUAUUACAUCCACCACAGAGCGAGUACAGGAGCGGGGAAACAAGACCAAGGGGGGUUACAGCUGGUUCAGUUCUGUAUUGAAAAAAUAUA